AUGGCCGCCCUCCUCUAUGCUCUGUGCGUCCUUCCCACUACCCUGGCCACUAUCGGCGUAGGUCUUUCUCCUAAUGGCGUCACGGAGCUGUUCGGCAACUCUUUUGGCCUGCCUGGGGAGAAUGCCACCUAUGAUUAUAUCGUGGUCGGAGGAGGCACGGCAGGGAGUUACAAUGGACGCGAGAUCCUGUAUGUUGCCGGGCAGACUUUUGGCGGAAGCUCGGCCUCCAAUUACAUGGGGUAUGCGCGCGCCACUGAGGGCACAUUUGAUGAAUGGUCUAAGAUUGUUGACGAUGAUCUCUGGUCCUGGGAAAAUGUGUAUCCCGCGUACAAAAAGAGCUGUAACUUCACGGCGCCCAACUACAACAAGAUCGAUCCGUCCUUCAACAUUUCUUACGAUGUGUCGGCCUUUGAGAGCACCGGGGGACCUCUCCAAGUAUCGUACGGCAACUCUCUCGGUCCGUACGGUCCGUAUCUGGAAGAAUCUCUCGACAAGCUCGGCUUUGAACGUCUCCCCGGAUUCAACAGUGGGCGGCUGAUUGGUUAUGCCACGAUCAUGACUGCCAUUGAUCCAGAGGAAGCAACUCGCAGCAGCUCCGAAACCUCGUUCCUGCAGCUGGCGGCACAGCACUCGAAUACUAAACUGUAUCCACAGACCCUGGGCUCUCGGAUUCUAUUCGAUGAGAACAAGCAGGCCACGGGUGUCGAGGUGCAGACCAACUCGUCGACGUCGAAAUUCAAGUAUCAUCUCAAUGCGAACAAAGAGGUCAUUGUCUCUGCUGGUACCACUCUGCAAAAGUACAACAUCCCCAUUGUAGCAGACCUGUCCGGAGUAGGUCAGGGGGCGAGGGAUCAACCGUGGAUGGCCCUGUCAUAUAAGGUCAAUGUGACCACCGUCACUCAAGUGGCUGCCGGCAAUGCCGAGUUCUCUGCUGCCCGAGUGGAAGAAUAUCUGACCAACCAAACGGGUCUACUGUCUAGCAUCGGAGGAGGCCAAGCUCUGGCCUUUGAGAACCAAUCCAACCGGGACUUCCUCGACACGUUCCCGAGUGACUGGCCCGAGGCCAACUAUCUUUCCUUGGAGUAUGGCUCCUACCCGUCGGACCUGGGUCCCGAUGACAACUACCUCACCACCGGCUCGACCCUACUCACCACCUCUGGUGAUCAAGAACAGGUCAUUGCUGCAUUGCAGCGCAUUAGAGAGAUCGCAUUCAACAGUACCAUUGUCGAGGAAGAAUAUCUGCCAGGCCCCAAUGUGACGACUCGCACGGAGAUCCUGGAGUGGCUCAAGGAUAACAUGAGUCUGAUCUACCACGCUACAUCAUCCUGCAAGAUGGGUAUUUCCAAUGAUACCACCGCCGUCGUGGACUCUCGGGCCCGGGUGCGCGGGGUGACCGGCCUCCGGGUCGUUGACGCCGGUGCUUUUCCUCUUGUGCCUCCAACAUUUCCGAUGGUCACUGUGUACAUGUUCGCUGAGAAGAUUGCCGAGUCGAUCCUUGGCGGUCAGUGA